AUGGAGGGCGGCGGCCACGGGCGCUGGGGGUGGCCAGCGACGAGGGGCAACCGGCGGUGGCGCGAAGGAGCCGACGGGGGGCGAGCUCGGGCGCCGGUGGAGCUCCGGCGGGCGGCGGAGAAGGCGGCCAGCGAGCGGGAGGCGGAGGAGCUCGGGGUCGGCGGGGGUGGCCGAGGGCGAGGCGGCGGAGGUCGCCGGCGCCGGACGGCGAGGCGAGCCGCGGGGCGCGGGUCGGAGGGCGGCGAGCGGGCGGCGGCGCGGAAGCCAGGCGCGCGGCCGGCGGCGACCGGGCCCGGAGUGCCGGAUCUGGGCCCCGCGGGCCUGCGGCGGCGCGUGGGACGGGCGGCGGUGACGUGGCGGCACGGGAGUGGCCGGACGGUGGCGGCGGACAUGUCCGUCGGACAUCUGCAAGAGUUUUCUUUUUACACGACAUCUGCAAGAGUUGCUCUGAGGCAAAAAGCCGCACCGCUUCGCGCGCGUGUCGUGUUCGUUCAUCUCGCUCGCCCGUUCUCAAUCCCUAGCUGCCCCCGACCAGGUCGCACGAUCGCCCCCGCCGCCGGCGACGAAACCCUAAGCGCAGCCGAUGGUGAGGCUUCAGAGCCACCUAUUCUUCACUGGGACGACGUCUGCCUAUCGGACAGCGACGAUGAUUUAGUUGACCAGCUCAACUUGGCCGACUUGGCCGGCUUGGCCCUGGCGCACUCUGACGACGAGGAGGAAGUGGUGACAGACGACGAGGAGACAAAUUGCCCAGGGAAAAAAAUUCCCAGGGAUAAAGCCAAACUGAUACAGAGGGUGUGGGUAAGGAGUGACAUCAAACAGAACGAAGAACACAGAGAGCUGUGUAAGACGCUUCUAGAUCUGGGACAUGAGUGGUCUGCCCUUCCUCCUUUUCCUAUGAAAGUAUUCCCUCAGGCAACAGGCGCAUGCGUUUUGCGGGGCUACUGUCACCACCGUAUAUACAAAACCCAUGAUACUUCCACCACUAAAUCAACUCUUGGAUACCGCGAACCAAAUCGGAUGCUACAGGCAUUCUCGCUGCGUUUGUCAAGCUCUGCAUCAUAUCCUGUUAGUGUCUAUGGAAUAAUCGCCGUUCGGGAUUCCUUGGAGCCUCUGAGGAAUUACGUCUUUAAUCGUCCCUGCAGAGAUGAUGCUAUCACCAUUGACCAGAUUCGUAGUGGCCUGUUCAGCUUGGACAUAGGCUACAUAUCAUUUACAAGAAGUAUCGAGGCCGUAAUAGAAGUCUUUGCAAAGGUUGAUGGUCCUCAUCAUGUGAGAUUUGGUGCUUUCAGCAGUGGCUUUGAUCAUGAGAUUGUGUUGUUUGAUGACACAUUCUUUGGGACUAAGAUGCAGUUUCAGCAUGUAGUCGUGGUGAAAGCAGAGGAAAAAUUGGAUGUUUGCUUAAAGUUUGGGGAAUCACUCUUUCGGUGGACUUUCCAGCAUGGACAUGUUGGACCUGUUAGGAUUCCUGAUGACUCGAUGUCAAAGUAUGGCCAGUUUGAUGUGAGGGUGUUCUUUGCUCCUAAGAACUCGCGACCACAGAAAUAAGUGAAGACGACACCCCGUGCUGGAUGUGUGUUUUAUUAUCUCCUAACUAAGUACCUCCUGGGUGUGUUUUUUUUGUAAUCUGUAAAUCCUCUGUGUCAAAACAACAGAAGUUUGAGGUCAGACUUGUCGAAACUUGAAAAUAUUCUAUGUUUGUCUGCAUAUCUUGCAUUUGGUUGGAGCUACU